GGGGGUGUGAGGAUUUUUUGGGGGGUAUCAUUUGAUUUUUAGGAUAAGAGUAGGGGCGUCAGUCAUAACUGAGAGCCCUGAGGGGGUGUCCGGUAAAUAUCACACGCCCUGUAGCCUGCUACUUGGCACUCUAGAAAGUAACUUUGCAGUUUCCAAGCACUUGGGACGGUUACAGCAAAAGAUGCGGAUCAAGAGACUGCACCAUGGCGGCUUCAUUAUACUGUUAGUGCAUCAUAGUUAGAAUUAUUACUUGCAUAUGAAUAUUAAAAGCACUAUACGCGUCGAAAGGUGAGUAUGUGUGCGAAGACCUUGGGGGCGGAUAUCACGAAAUUUAUCACUAGUUAUGAGGGGGAGUCACUUCAAUAAAAUAACAUUUAAGAGGGGAUCAGCUAAAUGUCAUUGUCUUUAGCCGAAAAUCCUCCAACCAACCCUCCAACCCCAACCGCGACCGCGACCCCCUUGCGAGCCUGCGAGUCUUGGAGAUCAGCAGCACUACCGGAAGGCCCGGCUGCUAAGGCAACAUUCACGUGCGUUUGAGUGUUGAGUUUUGCUUAGGUAAUUUAUGUGAAGAUUUAUCGUUCUUUAUGGGUAUGGAUAAGCAUAUUAAACAGAAAAAGAAGAAAAAUUUAAAGCGAAAACUACUACCCAGGGAUUCGGCGAUCGAUAAAGCUUCGAAGGCAAAGAAACGUAAGGAGAUAAAGAAAAGCCACGGGGUUGUAAAUUUAGCAGAAGACGAGAAAGUUCAAGAUCACCAGGGUCAUGAUCCCCCUGUUUUAUCAGAUGGUGAUGGCAGCUUGCAACCUGCUGUGGCAAAGCAACAGAAACGUUCAUAUGAAAGUGUUAGCUUACCAGAAGAUGUGGCAGUUCCUGAUAGCACAGAGUUUAAAUCUCUUGAAGAAUUUGUGAGUGAGAAGACUCUUAAUGCAAUCGCUGACAUGGGCUUCACCGAUAUGAUGGAAAUUCAACACAAAAGCAUAGUGCCGCUUCUUAAGGGAAGGGAUUUGCUUGGGGCAGCGAGGACAGGUAGUGGAAAAACACUAGCAUUCCUUAUCCCAGCUGUGGAACUGCUUUACAAACUUAGCUUUAAGCCAAGAAAUGGUACUGGAGUGAUUAUUAUCUCUCCCACAAGAGAGUUAUCCCUUCAGACGUAUGGUGUGGCAAGAGACUUGCUCAAGUACCAUAGUCACACGUUUGGGAUUGUAAUGGGAGGGGCCAACAGAAAGGGUGAGGCUGAACGUCUGCAGAAAGGAGUCAACUUAGUGAUAGCUACGCCUGGACGGCUACUGGAUCACCUACAAGUGAGUCUAAAACUUGAGGAAUGUAAAUGCCUUUAUAUAAUAGGUCAAAUUAUUCUCACAUUUUGAUUGGUUCUUACUUAUGAUCCACAUGUAUUGAGGGACAGGCAUAUA